AAACAGGAUAUGAUCAGAGACGAGGAAAGGGUUUUACGGUGAUUGGAGAGAAGAUGCAACGACACAGUUCCUGUGGCAAUACGGAGUUCGUAUGUAUGUCGCCCUUUUUGAAUUUCAGACGCGCUAACGUUGAUAUCAGCACGCCUUGUCUCCAUGCCGCUAUCUUCUUCUCCCCCCUUGCUCCCAUCCAUUUUCUUCUUCUCGCAAUCUCUUCUUUUCCACUCAUAUUUGUCCUCUUCCUUUCCAGUAGUCCAAUUCUUGAGAACCAACUGUUCAAAAUAUUUGUGUUUCAUGAUUAAUUACACCAUUUUGGGUUUCCACUAACUUUUGCUUCUUGUUCUCCACACUGGAAUCCCACUGUACUGAAGAAUUCCAAGCUGCUUUCUUUUUAUUUAUUUCUGCGGACCUCAUAAUUAACUAAUCCGAAAUCUGCAGUUGCAGGAAAAGGACAUUAUACCAAUUAGCACUACUUCAUGGAGACAUUAACUGCUACUGCAAUGCCCUUUCCUAGAGAGCCUGCUAACUAUGAAGAGGUAUCAAUGCAGCAAAGUGUCCUGUUUGCCGACAGCCUUAAGUUUCUAUUUCAGGACUUGAAGGAUCUCAGAAAACAACUGUACUCUGCAGCUGAGUACUUUGAGUUAACCUACUUCAAUGAUAAUGAAAAAGAGACAGUUGUAAAUACAUUGAAAGAUUAUGCUAUAAAAGCGCUUUUGAACACGGUGGAUCAUUUGGGCUCUAUGACAAAUAAGGUUAAUGAUCUUUUAGUUGAAAAAGUAGAUAAAGUUUCCGAAACCGAACUUCGUAUGUCUUGCAUUGAACAGAGAUUAAGGUCAUGCCAGGAGCAUAUAGAUCACGAGGGUCUUUCACAACAACAGUUACAGAUAAACACUCCCAAGCACCAUAGAAGGUACAUCUUCCCAGUUGGUGAAGCUCUGCGUGGUCUUGAUGCUGAAGAUGACUGGUCUCAUUUUCGAAAUGCUGUUCGAGCAACAAUUUCAGAAAACCCCCCUUCAGUUGGAAAUGGAAGCUCUUCAACUCCUACUCCAAGACUUACUCAAGACUCUCGCGAUCUCUCAUUGUCCAAGACCGAGUCCAAACGAGAUUUAGGAUCGGAGAAGCGGACAGUGUCGCCACACCGAUUUCCACUUUUGCGAACAGCAUCCCUUGCCAGAAGGUCCAUCACACCUAAAAGAUCUCAGUCAACAACCCCAAAAGGCUCCCAGCCAACCACCCCAAACUCAAGCCAACCAACCACUCCAAACCCAAGACGGCUGUAUCCUUCAGAGCCUCUGAAAUCAGCUUCAAUGCGGCUCCAUACAGACAGGGAAACACAUCGAGAUCCUCAAGAUCAGCAACCCACCGGUAAAAGCAAGCGUCUUCUUAAAGCUUUGCUCAGCAGGCGCAAGUCAAAGAAAGAUGAAACACUAUAUACCUACAUAGAUGAGUAUUAAUGUUCAUAGUUCCACACCCUAGUUUUGCACGAUUUUCGCAUCAUUACAGUGUAUUCGUUAUAUUUCCUGGAGUACUUUAUUCCCCCAAUUGCACAAAAGCAAUGUCACUUGUUCUUGAUAAGUUGAUACAACUCUUAUAUGAUACUACAUAUGAGAUACUACUUUUGUCCAAAUUUAAUGGUAACAUUUGUUUGGGUUUGUUGAUUAUGAAAGUGAUACAAAGUAUCAUUUACUUCUAUU